AUGGUCAAAUAUCAUCUCGUUGUCUUGGUCCAUGGACUUUGGGGCAAUCCCACCCAUAUGGACUAUAUCGAGUCGCAGGUUUUGGAUAAAAUACAGCCAGCUGAUGAGGAGCUUGUGGUUUACAAGACUGGGUCUCACAGUGGCUAUUUGACAUAUGACGGUGUAGACAUCAACGGUAAAAGAACCUCAGAUGAGAUCUUGGAGCAAACGAAUGCUCUUUCUCAGGAGGGAAAUAAGGUUACAAAGUUGUCAAUAAUAGGCUAUUCUUUAGGAGGUUUGAUCUCCAGAUAUGCUGUUGGAAUUUUGUAUUCGCAAGGUUAUUUCGAUGACAUCGAUCCAGUGAACUUUAUCACUUUCUGUACACCGCAUGUUGGGGUUCUUCAUCCAAUGAACCACAGUAUAUCUGUUAGAUUAUUCAAUAACUUUGCUCCCUACUUUUUGGCCCAUUCUGGUAGUCAGAUGUUCUUGAAAGAUAUGGUGUCCAAAACUCAGAAGCCGUUGUUGGUAGUGAUGGCAGAUGUCAACUCCUAUUUCUACAAGGUAUUGAAGUUGUUCAAACACAAAUCUCUCUAUGCCAACGUUGUCAAUGACAAGAGAGCUGCAUUUUUUACAAGUGCAAUUACUGCAAUAGAUCCGGUUAACUCUAUGAUCAACCAGCUGGCUGAUAAUCUCCAGAUGACUUACAUUAAGGGCUAUGAACCCAUUGUUGUAGAUAUCGAGAAGCCGUUGAAGUACGAAAAAAUUGCCGAUUCAUUCGUUCCCGCUAACCGGAAGUCUCAAUCUCGAUUAACCAGAGCCGUCGGUUGGGUCAAGGUGUUUGGCAGCAUUGUCUUGUAUACACCUUUAUGGGUGGCUUUCUUUAUUUCCAACUCCAUUGUGCAACGUAUUAGAUUGAACAAUCGAGUCAGCAAUUUUCUUCAGGAUGCUUCCAACAACUUGCACCAUUUGUAUGACCAAUUGAGCGAUGAUCCAAUCCAAUUGAAGGAAGAAGAAACCCACAAUACUGCAGAAGAAGAAGAAGAACUGGAAAGAGCCACUCUUCUUGAGAAGUUUGAAGACUUGGGUGACCGUAUUCAGGAACAGCAAUAUUCCGUUGUCGAGUCAGUAUAUUCAGUGAUGAAUAACAACGAUGCAGCCAUUGAUCAAGAGAAAAAUCCAGAGUCUGGACAGGUUUCAGUUAUGAAUUUGAAUGCCGACCAGAAAUUCAUUAUCAGCCUGUUGAAUACCUUGGGUUGGAACAAGUAUCCCGUUGUUAUCAGAAACAGCAAACAUAGCCAUGCUGCAGCUAUUGUUCGAUUUCACGAUCCUAACUUCGAUGAAGGCAAAGUUGUUAUAGACCAUCUCGUGAACGAGGUUUUCCAGUUGGAAUGA